AUGGCCGACGGCUGCGGCGGCGAAGGCGGUGGUGACGGCGACGGGAGCGCCGAGUGGCUGCCCAUCUUCCACCGGGUGGAGGCGACGGUGAGCAAGACCCAAGCGCAGACGGAGGUCCUCGCAGCCGACUGCGCGCGCCUGGAGGCGGCUGACAGGGUGCAGCGCGAGUCCUGGGAGUUGGUGCGGAGGCUUCAGCGGAGCGUGGAUGAGCUUCACGCGGCGGCGCGGGAGAAGGACGCGGAGAUGGACAGGCUGCGUGCGGAAGCAGCCGACGCCAGUAAGAAGCUGCAGGCGAAUGCGACCAGGAGGAUGAGGUGGGAGGCUGCAUACGUGGAGCUGCUUCUCGGUGCUAAUCAGAAGCUUGCCGAACUCAGAGAUACUGAGUUGGAGGAUUCCAGAACUUGUGCUGAAACCCCUAACUCUAAGGAAGUUGGAAGAUGCGCAAAGCUGAAUCAGGACGCCGUGGAUCACACGGCAAGCGAUUUGAGUGCAGAGCUAAGAAAACUAAAACAAGCUUAUGAGACCCUGAGCUCUAAGAAGGACAAGGAAGUUUCUGCAUUACUCUCAGAAAACGAUUCUCUGCGUAGCCAGUUGGAUAUAAUGCAGCAGGACCAUGCCGAGCUCCUGAAGAACAAGAAAAAUAGUGAUCGUCCUCACCAUGAGAGGAAAAUAGUGGAGAGGUUGGUUGAAGUGAUUGAUAAGGAGCCAAACAGGAACUUUGUUGUUGAGAAGGGUCGUGGUACUCCUUUGAAAGAUAUACCAAGUGUGGCACAGAGGUUAUCAAAGAAGAAAUCCACCGAUCUUAAAUUUCUUCACAAUGUUCUUUUUGGGAGUAAAGGCAAGACUGUUGAUUUUAAAGGUCAUAUACUUCAAUUCUCUGGAUUUGUGUGGCAUGAGAGCGAUGAAAAGCAGAGAGCCAAGGCAAAGAAGAAGCUUGACAGGUGUAUGAAAGACAUGUUGGUGGAACUCUGUUCGGUGCUUGCUAUUCCGGUUCCCAAAACUGACAUUCGAAAGGAAGAUAUUGUGGCAAAGCUGUUGGACUUCAUUGCUGAACCUCAUGCUAUGUCUGAUUCUGGUUUGUCUGAUGACGACCAGGGGUCUAACUCUUGGAAACGCAAGAGAGGAGGCGAUAGUUCAAGCAAGACUCUGGAUGCCACUUCCAAGAGGUCUAAGAAGAAAUUUGGUGAUGAUGUAUCUCGAAGUAAAAGGCGAAAGCAAGCUCUGGAGUAUGAUAGUGAUGAAGAUAUGGAGAAUGAAGACCAACCUAUGAAGUCUGAUAGUGAGGAAGACGCAGAUGAAGCUCCUGAUGAACAGGAAGAUGGCUACGAAUCUGCGGAAGAGAAGGCCAGUAAGAAGUCCUCAGAUAUAAAAGAUUCUUCAGGUAAAAAGAAGGCUGCUGUAGGGAGCAUCCAUACGUCAGGUCCUCCAAGGACAACAAGCAAGAGUGCAUGCAAAACAUCACCAUCAAAAGUUUCCAAGGAAAAGGAGAGCCCAUAUGGGAGUGCAAAGGUCUUCUCUAGGAAGAAGAAACCCACCAUAUCAAAUUGUACUCCAAGCUCAGAAAAGGAGAUAGAAGAAAAGAAGUUAUCAGGUAAAGAGGCGACGAAGGGCAAAGGCGAAGCAGCUGAAGGAGGUCUGCCCAGUGAGGCUGAGCUGAAAAAGACCAUUAUUGGAAUCCUUAGAAAAGUUGACUUCGAAACGUCUACUUUCAGCGACAUUUUGAGGAAGCUUGAUGACCAUUACAAGAUUGAUCUGGAGCCAAGAAAAGGAGCUAUCAAAAUUAUGAUUCAACAAGAGGUAACCAAGUACUCCCGCUGGCCGUGGGGGUUCGUGACGCCAAAUGUACAUAAAAAUACACUGGUUUAGUUGUACUACCGCGUCGAUUAAUAACGACCGGAGGAGUAAUGAUGAAGAUGAAGAGGAAGAUGUGGAGACAAAACAGGCACGGCGUUGAGCGAAGGUCACUGCUUGAAGGAUUGUGAAACACCAUAGCAGUAGUGCCCACUGUUAAUUUGUACUACUUACAUGCGGACCUCUCUUUUGCCUUGAUUGGCACUUGGGCAGCCCUAUAUUAGUUGUGGUUACUCCCUGUUGGCAAAGACUAAAACCCUAUCCUUGUUUGUGUAUGCUAAAACAUAACCUGUAGGCAGCUCCACACCUGUAGCUGACUGAUGGGUGACAAUUGUAGGUAACUUAUGUCUCUAGAUUUGCACAUGGUGUCCAAAACUCUGCAAUGGUUG